CUGAAUGUGAAAUGGUUGUUAAUGGCAAUGCAUCAAUACUUCCGGUAACGUAUUGGAGAAGAUGAAUCUAAGACUAAACGACACGAACCUAAAUUGAAGCAUUGAUUACUCAGGAAGUUUCAUUUCUCUAAACCUUUAAAAACCACCAUCGUUGGUUGACAUAACCAGAGAUUGCAGUAGAGGAUGAACCCUAGAAACCAAUGAUCAACGCUCGUGAUAAAGAGAAGGUAAGAAGAGGAUAGGAGCGUGAAAUGAAAUACUUUUUUGUUGAUUUUUAGCCCAAAUAAUGUAAAUCAAAGCCUAUCCGUAAAAAAAAUUCAAGUCCACUAGUAAAAUCAAUACAAAAAACAAACGAACGAAAUAUGGACUUCCACGAAAUGUACGUCUAUCUAAAUAAAGCUCAAAUCACCCCGAAACACAAAAUUAGUGAAACGGAACGUUUUAAAUUAGAGGAUACAUGUCAUGUUUAUAGAAGCCGACUUUAUGACGUGUCCGCCUACGUGGCUUCACCUGGAGAGAUCAAUCCUCUUUUAUAAUAAUAUAUAGAUAGAUAUACAUUAUUGGUUUAUCAAGUUUCUAUGGUUUUAUAUAAAUGACCAAAAAAAUGAAUUAAAAUACUUUUAUACUUUUGAUAAAAAAAAAGAUACAUAUAUAUAUUCUCUAUAUUUUAUGCUGUGUCCCUAUAAAAAUUCGUUUCUAGAAAGUCAACAACACACAUCCUCAACAUCGUUUAGUAUGUCAUCAAGUUAGGUUGGCACCGGACGUAUUAAGAGUUACACUUAGUCAAAGUUUUGAAUGUUCAUCGACCCACUCGUGGCCUCAAUACCAAGCGUCAACUCCCUUUUUCAUCACCGUCACAUUUUUAUUUUAUUCUAGAAUCUGAUGAGGCCAAAUCAUCUAAAUUGACUUUUUGGUUGAAAAGAAACAUCCAUUCUCAAGCUUUGAAUACGCCCUAAUCCAAACCGUACAAAACUGAACACUUCAACUCUUCUAAUAAUAUUAUUAAAUAAAUAACUUAAAGACCACCCAAAACCGACGAUCAUUCAGCAGCACUAUAUAAUCCAUAUGAACCUCAACAUUACUCCUACCAGAAAAAAAACUAGUAUCGACAUUCCUAAAACAAUGUCUUCAUCCUCCUCGUCUAAACGCAGCGUUUCACUCUCUCUGUUGGCUUUAGCCAUACAACUUCUCUUUAUACACAGCGUUUUGUCCCAAAGUCAGGACAAUGCGUUCCUCUACCACAAGUGUUCUGACAUUGAAGGGAACUUCACUUCGAGGAGUCCGUACGAGUCAAACCUCAACAGUCUCUUUCCUCGUCUCUCUUACAGUGUUCCAUCAAGCGGUUUUGCCGCUCUCUCGACUGGUAACAAACCUGACAACGUCAAUGGUUUGGGCCUAUGCCGCGGCGACGCCUCCCCUUCUGACUGCCGAACCUGUCUGGCAACAGCCAUCCCCGAGCUACGUAAGAGAUGUCCGAAUAACAAGGCAGGAAUAAUAUGGUACGACAACUGUCUAGUCAAGUAUUCAUCGACCAAUUUCUUCGGAAAGAUUGAUUACGAGAACAGGUUCUAUCUGUACAACGUCAACAACGUGAGCAAUCCAGCAUCAUUCAACACGCAGACCAAAGCUAUUUUAACUGACCUGACGAAGAAAGCAACUGCUGGAGGCCACCAGAAGCUGUUUGCCACAGGGGAGAAGAGUCUAGGGGAAAAGAAGCUGUACGGAUUAGUGCAGUGUACGAGAGACUUGAGGAGUGAGAGUUGCAAGGCAUGUUUGGAUGGGAUUAUCGGGGAGCUUCCUAACUGCUGCGACGGUAAAGAAGGAGGGAGAGUUGUGGGUGGGAGUUGUAACGUUCGGUAUGAAAUUUACCCUUUUGUUAAGAUUGUUUGAUAGAGGUCCAAAUUAAAAGUGGUCCAGAGGCAAACAUGGUCCUAAAUUAUAAUGGUGUCAAUGACAUACGUAUAGGCAUAUAUUGUGUGCUUGCUGUUUGAAUAAAGUUUUGAGUCAAUAAAAUUUAAGUUCUUCUUUGCGAGUUCUUUGGUGUGGCUUGUUUGGCCCCCUUAUCAAUAAUAAGCAUGUUUGGCUUAUAGCUAUUUUUA